UUGACUGGUCAGUGAGGCGUGGCAGGAAUGUUCCAUCCACUUCAAUGGAGGCCUCUCUCCAGCCUUUAUUCCUUUUAUACUAACUCAGCCCGCUUCAUCAGCUAUGAAGGGAAACGGCAUUUGUACUGGAAUGAGGAGUUCUUGAAGGGGAAGUACCAAUGGCUGCUCGCUUGGCUACGGAAAGGCUUAGAGCAAGACCCAGGGCAGAAGAGCCUCCUUUCCCUGCUGGCCAAUCAGUGCAGUUAUGUGACAAGCCAGAGAAUCAGGCGUGCUCAGCAGAUUGCGCAGUUGUACAGUAACAUUUACUCCGAGAGGGCGCGCAACAAUCUCUUCUCCUCCUUGUGGCGCCGAUUCCAGGGGCAUCAUGCCAACGCCUGCAAGCUGAUGGCAGCCCUCGCUGGAGUGUUCCUGUGGGAAGAGGAAAGGAUCAAAGAAGAAGAGCUGAAAAGGUCAGUGGAAGAAAUGAAACACAUGCAAGAAAUCUCUAAGUUCUUCCAGAGCAGUGAGACUGAAGAUCAGAUGCAGGAGCCGGAGCCGGAGCCGGAGCAAAGCGCUUACAAAGGUGUUGCUUCUGAUCCCGACGAGCAGAGUUGGGAAAUGGUGAUCAACAAGAAGCACUUCAAACUAUGGAGGCGUCCAGUUGGCGGGACCCAUGUGUACCAGUAUCGAGUCUUUGGGACAUAUACAGAUGUGACUCCGAGACAGUUUUUCAAUGUGCAGCUGGAUACUGAAUAUCGGAAGAAAUGGGACUCCCUAGUUAUCAAACUGGAGGUGAUUGAGAGAGACCAGGUCACCGGCUCAGAGGUUGUGCACUGGGUAACUCACUUUCCGUACCCAAUGUAUUCUCGGGAUUACGUUUAUGUUCGACGGUAUGACGUGGACCAAGAAAACAAUCUGAUGGUGCUGGUGUCCCGAGCGGUUGAGCACCCAGGCGUCCCAGAAGAUCCUGAAUUUGUCCGUGUCCGAACCUACGAAUCACAAAUGGUUAUCCAUCCUCACAAAACAUUUGAUGAGAAUGGCUUUGACUACCUGCUAACAUACAGUGACAACCCGCAAACUGUGUUUCCUCGAUACUGUGUCAGCUGGAUGGUUUCCAGUGGCAUGCCUGACUUCUUGGAGAAACUUCAUACAGCUGCAUUGAAGGCCAGGAACAUGGAGAUUGCUGUGAAAGACUAUAUUGCCUCUUCCAGAUCCUGGAACAACGGGAGUGAGAACAGCAGUAGUGACGGGAAGACCAACUUGCCCAGCCAAGACCAUAAAAAUGAAGGGACCUGCAGCCCCGUUCAGAUGGACUAUGCUUAAAGGAGAGGGCUUGUUUGGCAAUGCUGCCAGCCCGUGCCUCUUGCUCCAGGCUUUGAGAAGACCAAGGAGGGAGAUGCCCUUGGGAUCUCAAUUCAGCUGACCACCUCCGCCUGUGUCUGUACUCCUCUUCCUCCCCUUCUCUGCCACUUCUCUUUCUUGAAAAAAAGCAACACCGUCAGCCCUUGGAAACCAGGCUCGGCACUCUUGAAAAACAGUUUUGUGCGGCCACUUCUGUGUAGUGGGGGGGGGGGCGCGGGUAGGGUGUUUGCUGAGAAAUACACUGUGUUCCUGGGGGGGGCUCACUUCUUCCUCCCCCACCACUUGAGGCUCCCCUGCAAGCCAUUUAGGGCGAAGCUCAGUAGAGUUUCCAGGUUAUCGCAUCUUUCCCCUUUUGUAGAGGUUAAUAGCCUCAAGGCAGCUGCAGGGCUGGGCUGAGAGAGGCAAGUCCAACUGUUUGCAGCCCCAGUGCUGUCUUCUGCAUCCUCAUGGAGACCUGAAUGCUUCUUCCUGGCUUCCCAUGUAUGUGUGUCUGUUAAUCUUGUGCUCUGCCCACACAAGAGCUGCUUUGCUGCCAAAGUGCCUUUUUAUCCCUGAGGCACAACUGAAUGCCACCUCUUUGGCCACUGGAAGUGGGCAGUGAACCCGCUGAGAGCCAGUUGGCAUUAGGGUCCGUGCUACACCCAUUACUAAAUCUCUGUCCACAGAGUGAAGGAAGGCCAUAUUUUUAUGCAGCUUAAACCUCUCCCUCCUCCCCUUUUAGAACUGAUCGCCUUUGACCACUGUUGGCUCACUUCCUCAACUUUUGAAUGGGAGGAGGAUUCUGAUGUGAUUAUUUGUCAGUCUGAUGAUAUCAACAAAAGUGCCACCUUGACUGUCCAAAGACACCAUCUCUGAACUGGGUUUUCAAAGUAAAAGAAGGACCUGCCCACGUCGUCUUUGUGCGUGUUGGUCCAGAGUGUCCCUUUGCCAUGUUGGAAGUGGAGAUUCCUGCUUGGUGGUAGGCUAGCUAGCCGGCUUCCUGGGUGGCCAGAGCAGGGUAAGAAGGAGGAAGAGAGAAUAUCAUUUUUUCUUGGAGGAUUCAUAUGGGUGUAUGAAUGUAUGUCAUAAGACCGAAUGUAUGUCGUAAGAGCACAUGUAGCAGGUGAGAACUUCCAAGAUGCCUUUGCCUCCUUGCUGUAAGGUAGGGGGGGAAAACAGCUUAUAACAGAGGUGCUUCACGUGGGGCAAGGCAAGUGGUUAAGCGUUAUGCAUGGUUCCUUCCAAGACUGUUUGGAGCCUCUUUUCCAACCUGGCACCCUGUAGGUGUGUUGACAGGAGGUGGUGGGAAGCAAAACUGGGGAAACCUACUCUCCAGUUUUUAAACCCUUGUUUUAAAUUGAUUUCUUCCAUAAGCUCAGAUGUACUAAUUGGCUGAAUUUCAGCCAGGCUUCCUAAGGGUGCUUUAUGAUUGGCAAGUGUACAGGGCAGGCUUUCUCAUACACCUUGCUCACUAGCUGGUUGGAUUACAAGCAUGUCCCGUGUAAAACAGGAAGCAGGCUUACAUCCUUUUCCCAUGCCCAGGCAUCUUAUGCAGUGUUUCCCACAAGUGGAGUCUUCCCAAAGUGGGUCAUGGGUAGCUUCAUGAUGCUAAGGAAGCUGGUCUCUGCCAGCUCCUCCCACCCCAAAAGUGUGGUUAGAUACUAUUGCAAAUAUAUAUAUGGUGCCUCAGAGAACAUUUUUGUAUCAGAAGAGACAGUUGAUAUCCUCCCAUUCUCUUCUGUUUUAUGUGGUUGUGCAUGUCAUCUUUAGGGGAAAAAAUCCACGAGUGGCAGGAAACGGGAAACGUGUAGGCUGACUAAGAAGAGCUCAUCAGGGGUGGCAGGACUUUGGUCUGGGCUGAGUGAUCAGAGGUACUGUACGUGCAUGGAGAUCCCCUUGUUCUUGUCCUGGGACCGUCUUAAUAUAAUGGUUGAGUGAUUUCUGUUUUUAUUUCAACUAAUGUUUUUAUGAGAACCAAACAUCAAUAAAUGUAACUCAUUGGU